AUGUCAUCCCAGAAAAGGGACGAAAAACAGGGUGUGAGCCGCAGAAGGAGUGUGGUGUCACAGGUAAUAGCAUGCCUGGCUCUCGACUUCCUGCUAAUAGGACUCGGGAUGUCCAUGAGCUUCGUCACCAUGGUGUUGCCAGAUGUCCUGGAUGCGAAGGAAGGUCUAUCCUUAAACAAGAAAGAAGCCUCCUGGUUCGGUAGCAUGGCGUUUCUCUGCCAGCCUCUGGGCAGCAUCUUUUCCGGUCCCUUGCUAGACUAUUUCGGGCGAAAGAAAGCCUUAUUCCUGGUCAAUAUACCCCAUCUUAUAGCGUGGGUGUUGAUGUACUGUGCUUGGGAUGUGCCGUCCUUGUUCAUUGCUAAUGCCUUGUUAGGAAUUGGCACUGGAGUUAUGGAGGCUCCCUCUAUAACCUAUGUCGGUGAAAUAAGCGAUGCUUCCGUGAGGGGUAUCCUUACAACACUGACCAACUGUUUCACCUCCACUGGAAUGUUCAUCGCUUACCUCCUGGGAACUGUGCUUUCAUGGCGACAGGCAGCACUUGUGUCGCUUACUGUACCCAUCGCUACAAUGCUACUAGUGAUGUUUGUCCCAGAAACGCCAAUCUGGCUGCUGUCGAAGGGUCGCCAAAAAGAAGCUUUACGCUCACUGUGUCGUCUCCGCGGAUGGGCAGAUCCCGAAGACGUGAAAGAGGAGUUCGACCAACUCCUACAGUACAACGAUUUAAUCCAGCAGUGCGUUGUCUGCGGCAAAGACGGUUCAGAGAUCGAGCCCUGCCGUCACCACACCCAAAAUGUCUUCACACGAACCAUUUCGAAAUUCAAACAUGAGCUCUUCGUUAAGGAAACUAUGAGACCAUUUGUCUUGGUCAUGGCGUACUUCUUCUUCUAUACAUUAAGUGGGUUGGCGCCAGUCCGUCCUAACAUGGUGAAUGUUUGCAGAGCACUGGGCAUGAAGUAUGAUCCGAAAAACAUUGUGGUGGCCGUUGGCGUCGUGUUCAUUAUCAUGAACGUGGUCUCCGCAUUCAUUGUGAAAGCAAUCGGCAAACGGAAAUUAGUUCUUUCGUCGCUCCUUGCUACGGCUCUAUGCAGCUUAGCUUUAAGCGUGUACGCGCGCACAAGUCUACCUAUAGACGUGUUCUCAUAUGAGUCCACCACUUUUCCGGAAAAGAGGGAUAUUCUACCAGUAGUUCUAUUCAUGAUGCUGGUCUCAUUCACCAGUUUGGGUAUACCGUGGGUGUUGCUGUCUGAGGUCUUUCCCUUCAAAGGCCGGGGUAUGGCGACAGGUCUAUCUGCUGCGUUUAGUUACGCUAUUUUCUUCGUAGCGGCCAAAACAAACUACAACUUGGAAGCCUAUCUCCAUAUCAGUGGUACAUUCUCAUUAUAUGGUGUAAUCGGAUUAAUCGGCACAGUAUACCUAUAUUUUUUCUUGCCAGAAACAGAGAGUAAAACACUUGUUGAAAUAGAAGCAUAUUACAAGGGUAGUCAGAAAAUAUUCGCCGAUGAUUUCUUGAUAAACGCCUUCCGAAAGAAGAACUGCCUAAGCUCAGACGUCGAUAAACCUAUGCUAGUCAAAUAA